UUUUGAUUGGCCUCAAACUUGGGCAAUAAUUUUUCGUUGAAAGAGAGUCAGAAAUAGUGACAGUAGUUAUCAAUGACCAUGUAUGGGGAUAUCGAGCGGGUGCUUUGGACAGCGGAGGAGAUCGUCGCACGCAUUUCCGAGCUCGGAGGGGAGAUCUCCAAUGAUUUUCAGCGAUUCCCGUCUCCUGUCGUCCUUGUCGGCGUAGCCACCGGCGCUUUCAUCUUCCUCGCCGACAUUGUCCGCAAUAUCACUCUUCCAAUCGCCGUAGAUUUUAUCCGCGCCGAGUCUUACGGCUCAGGAACGAAGUCAAAUGGCGCUCCUAUCAUCUCUUGUGACCUGAAGCUCGAUAUCAGCGGAAAGCACGUAAUUUUGGUUGAAGAUAUUGUAGACACAGGAGCCACCCUUUCCUGUCUCAUUUCACACUUAAAGUCUAAAGGAGCAUGCUCUGUCUCAGUUUGCACAUUGCUAGAUAAGCCUGCAAGAAGGAGAGUUCAUUUUGAUCUCAUUGGUGAAGGAAAAUUUUAUCGUGGGUUUGAGUGUGGUGAUGAAUUUGUGGUUGGUUAUGGCCUGGACCUUGCUGAGAUCUACAGAAACCUGCCUUACAUCGGUGUUCUGAAGCCUGAGAAGCAUAAUUAAUGAAUUUUGCUUUCGUGUAAUUUUUGUGAAGGCCUCCAUGAGAUAAAUUUAUGAUCUUCGGAUUAGUAAUUAUGCCAACUGAUUCUUAUGAAAACUACAUUUAGACUUUCACUUCUGGGAAUGAUUUCUACCCUACUGCCUGGGCAAUGAUGCAAAAUCGGCUUGUUGGAUCAUAUAAGUUUUGUGAAAUUUACGUACGUACCACAAUUCUUAUGUAUUUACAUAC